CACCACAGAUCGUCGCCCCCUUCACCCCGAGUGGCCUUCGUCCCUGUUCCCCUAUAAAAGCACAAAGUUGCAGACCCAUAUACUAUAUUCCUCGCAACCAAUCUCUCUCCGACUCGCUUCGAAGCUUCUCCGAUAUUCAGAAUCAGGGUUAUUAGCUUGAAUCGACAAUGUCUGGGCGUGGCAAGGGAGGCAAGGGAUUGGGAAAGGGAGGAGCGAAACGACACCGUAAGGUCCUCCGCGACAACAUCCAGGGGAUCACCAAGCCGGCCAUUCGUCGUUUGGCUCGCAGAGGAGGUGUGAAGCGUAUCAGUGGUUUGAUUUAUGAGGAGACACGAGGUGUGCUCAAGAUAUUUCUCGAGAAUGUGAUCAGAGACGCCGUGACUUACACUGAGCAUGCUCGCCGCAAGACUGUGACCGCCAUGGAUGUGGUCUAUGCGCUCAAGAGGCAGGGCAGGACUCUCUAUGGGUUCGGUGGCUAGAGGGGGUUUUGGGAUCCUUACAAGUCUUGCUGUCAAGAAAUAUGGCGUUGAUGGUUGGGUUCAGGUGUUUUUAGUUUGUUUAGGUGGUGAAGAAUUGCUAGGGUUCUUGCUAUGUGGUAUUGUAAUUAGUUGAUGGACUGGGUUUUGGAACUGAAAUUUAAUGGAUGGUGGUGUUUGAUCUGAUAUA